UAAGCUCCGCCCAUCAGAGGCGCCUUCUAAUCUCGUUCUUCCGCCACCUUCCCCCCUCUCUUCCUUUCUCCGCCAUCGUGGUGUGUUCUUGACUCCGCUUCUCGCCAUGUCUUCUCACAAGACUUUCAGGAUUAAGCGAUUCCUGGCCAAGAAACAAAAGCAAAAUCGUCCCAUUCCCCAGUGGAUUCGGAUGAAAACUGGAAAUAAAAUCAGGUACAACUCCAAAAGGAGACAUUGGAGAAGAACCAAGCUGGGUCUGUAAGGAAUUGCACAUGAGAUGGCACACAUAUUUAUGCUGUCUGAAGGUCACGAUCAUGUUACCAUAUCAAGCUGAAAAUGUCACCACUAGCUGGAGAUUUCGACAUGUUUUCCUCUCUGAAUCUGUUAUGAACACGUUGGUUGGCUGGGUUCAGUAAUAAAUAUGUGAGGCCUUUCGUUUUAA